CUCUCCGAACGGUAUUUACGCCUUCAUAAAUUGCGCACAACGGGUGGCGCUGGAAGUUUUUACUUGAAAUUUUCUUUUACAAGUCUUGUUCAACAUUAGUUGAUCUAAACGACCAGACCAUGAAUCGCUUUCUUCUGCUCGCAUUUUUAUGCUGGCAGCUAUAUGCGGACAGCAACGCAAUAAUCAGAAUCCCUCUAUAUAAAACUCGCACUGUGCGGCGCAUGCUGGCAGACAAUGGAAAGACUAUUGAAGAGCUCAAGUCUAUGGCAAAGUUAUCUGAAAAUACGGCCUACAAUAAACCAGUAACAGCAACACACGCCCCACACACAACUCCAAUACCAAGACCUGUGGAAAAACUCACCAACUUCAUGGAUGCCCAAUAUUUUGGAGUGAUCAGUAUUGGCACCCCUCCUCAAGACUUUACGGUCCUCUUUGACACCGGAUCAUCCAACCUCUGGGUUCCAUCUAUUCAUUGCUCCUUUCUGGACAUAGCGUGCUGGUUUCAUCAUCGCUACGACUCAAAGAAGUCAAGCACGUAUGUUAAGAACGGAACCGAUUUCUCAAUCCGGUACGGCACAGGGAGUUUGUCCGGCUUUGUCAGUCAGGAUACAGUCGCUUUGGCAGGGUUAAAGGUGCCUGACCAGCAGUUUGCAGAGGCGGUUAAGCAGCCUGGGAUUGUGUUUGCUGUGGCACGCUUCGAUGGAGUGCUGGGCAUGGGAUACCCCGCCAUUUCUGUAGACGGCAUCACACCAUGGUUCGACACGGCUAUGGCUGCCAAAAUUCUGCCCCAGAAUGUCUUCUCUUUUUACAUCAACAGGGACCCUGUAGGUGAGGUUGGAGGCGAGUUGAUGCUGGGAGGUUUUGACCAGCAGUAUUUUGAUGGUGAUCUGCAUUUCGUCAAUGUCACCCGGAAAGCCUACUGGCAGAUUGAGAUGGAUAAAGUUCAGGUCGGCAGUACACUUACCUUGUGCAAAGGUGGUUGCCAGGCCAUUGUCGACACAGGAACGUCAUUGAUCACAGGACCAUAUCAGGAGGUGCGCGCGCUGCAGAAAGCCAUCGGAGCGUUGCCACUGCUUAUGGGAGAGUACUGGAUUGACUGUAAAAGGAUUCCAUCACUUCCCGUUAUAUCCAUCAGUCUGGGUGGGAAGAUGUUCAACCUCACCGGAGAAGACUAUGUUAUGAAGGUGACUCAUAUGGGAUUUAGUGUUUGCCUGUCCGGUUUUAUGGCUAUGGAUAUCCCGCCACCUGCCGGGCCUCUCUGGAUUCUGGGAGAUGUUUUCAUCGGCCGUUAUUACAGUGUGUUCGAUAGGGAUGCUGACCGCGUCGGGUUUGCUCGUGCUAAGUGAAGUCAGUGAAUUGUAUGUCUGGAUAUAAUGGCCAGCUGUUAGGAGUUAACACUUGGGUUAAAGCUGGUAAAUUCAUUCCUUUUUUUAAGUAAGCAAGCGAUGAGAAAUGAACAAAUGUGGUAGCGCUUUAUAGUAAGCUAAUAUGAAAUAACAUUGAACAAUAUGUUUGCAUCAUUUAUUGAUUUUGGCUGCUGUUAAAGGGAUAGUUCACCCAAAUAUGACUAACUUAUCCUCAAGUUGUUUUGCUGAACACAAAGGAAGAUAUUUGUAAUCAAGCAGGAAACAGGAAGUGGUCACAAACUUUGUGGUCACAAACAUUGCUCAAAAUAUCUUUGUUUGGCAGAACAAAUAAAUGUAUACAGGUUUGGAACAACUUGAGGGUAAGUAAAUCAUUUUUAACCCUUUAAUCUAUACAUUUUUUAAUUUUUAAAAUAAAUCAUGCUUGUUAAUAGUAUAUAAUUUAUAACCUUAUUGUAAAGUGUUACCACAUGCUUUAAUAGAAACUACAUAUAUUCCAAAGAAUGAAACCCAAAGCCAUACUGAGGUUUCGGCUUGCUUCCAUAUUUUGGUUGAAGCCUUACAAUUUGUUUUUAUUUUGCACUGAAUUGCAAUUUAUAAUGGUGUUGUAAAAAAGCAUAGUUGUUAUUUUAUACUUAUGCUAUUAAUUAUUUUGUAAUGUAAUAAAAAGUGUUUAAAUUCAAUUUUGUAAGACAAACCAAUGGUAAAUGUUUAGUAUUCGGGUUACGCAAGUCUCUGUUUUGAGUUCAAAGCUUUGUAUGUGUGAUUUCUGGUAAUGUUGAUAAUAGUAUAAUACUUUGUUUUCAUGAUGUAUUAAUGGUGUUUUUUGUUACUAGACAAUUUGUAGGAAUCUGAUCAUAAGCACAUGAAUGAUUUUUAACAUUUACCAAUAAUCAAAUAAUGUAACUAGGAUUUAAAGUAAAAAAAAAAAAACAAGUAUUACUUUAAAUAAAGUUUUUUUGUAGUUUGUU